AUGAAGAGCAGAAGGGUAAAAGGGUCUGCUAGAGGUAGUAGUGCGACAGAGGGACAAGGGACGAGCUCGUCUGCCAGUGUCCACGGUGAUGCUGCUACUCAGGCCAAUGGGGAGAGCCUCCUUGAGAAAGCUCGAGAGAUGAGGGAGAGUGUUAUGAGGAUCACAGAAACGUACAGCUCUCUAUCAGAGCAGAUACAGAAGCUGCUGCUGCUCAUGCCGAACAACACUCAUCCAGACGCACCAACAGGUAGUGAGAGCUCUGCCUUUACAGAGAGCUCGCCUGGCUCGUCAAAGAAUGGAAUUGCAAGGAUAAAAGACCACGUGUCUCUUUCUUCUUCUUUGGAACCUUCCGAUGCUCUGGAGAUUGCAGCAGGCCGGCUGGCUGCCGGACCGAACUUUCCAUACCUGAUCGGCCAGCUUGCUAUGCUAGAGCAAGCUUUGCUACGCAUGUCCGUUGCCUACGCAAUAGAGAGGGGCUUCCACCUGGUCUCGGCGCCAAUCGUAGUCAAGACAGAUAUCGCCGAGCGAUGUGGAUUCAAUCCUCGAGGUGGUGAAGGUGGCCAGACCUACUUCGUGUCCUCCUCUUCCGCCUCAUCUGAGAACGACAAGGAGCUAUGUCUCGUCGGAACUGCCGAGAUCUCACUCGCAGCUUUGGUCGCAGGGAGAACAUUCUCUAGGACACAGCUACCCCUUAAGCUCCUCGCCGUGUCUCCUGCAUUCAGGGCAGAGGAUGGAGGGAGAGGAUCUCAAACAAAGGGCUUGUACAGGCUACAUCAAUUCCAGAAGGCCGAAAUGUAUGUCGUAUGUGAGGCAAACGAGGGACUUGAGAGCUCAAGCGGGUGUCGGACGAAAGGAGAGUCCGAAUCGAUGCUCGACAGUCUCCUGAGCAUACAACAGGAAGUACUUCAGUCACUAGGCCUGACGUACAGAUGUCUGGACAUGCCCACAGAAGAGCUAGGCGCAUCUGCCUUCCGUAAAUUCGACAUCGAGGCCUGGAUGCCCGGUCGAGGAACGUGGGGCGAAGUGUCAUCUGCAUCCGACUGUCUGGACUACCAAAGCGCUCGACUGCACAUCUUGCAGGACGCAGGCGAGGAGAAAGGCAAGUCACGCAAAGCACAACCGGCAACGACUCUGAAUGCCACCUUGUGCGCUACGCCACGACUCAUCAUCAGUCUGCUGGAGCAGUAUGGUGUGGAUGAGCAGGCGCGGAAAAUGAGACUGCCGGACAGCCUCAAGCCGCACUGGAUUGGAGACAGUUCGCAAGUCCAGUGG